AUGGCCACACACAGUGUGACACUGCUCAUCUGCCUCUGUGGGCUGGCUGGGAACGGGGCUGUGCUCUGGAUCCUCGGGUUCCGCAUCCACAGGGACACCAUGAAACCCAUCACUGCCUACAUCCUUGUCCUGGCCAUCAUCAACUUCCUCUUCCUCAUCUUCAUGGUCCCCUCCGCUCUGCUCUUCCGGCUGAAGGAUUUCUCCUGCUCCUCCAUCAUGCCCCCAGCAUCCAUACGCUUCCUUUUCCUCCUCUUCCCGAUGUUCCACAGCGUAGGGCUGUACCGGCUGACGGCCAUCAGCAUCGAGAGGGGCAGGUCCAUGCUCUGCCCACCUGGGCUCUUCUGCCACCUUCCCCAGGACCUCUCAUGGGUGGUGGUCAGUGCCACGCUCCGGGCCCUUUCCAUCACUGCCAUCGCUGCCAUUUCUGCAGUGAAUUCCCUGUGCCAGUCACAGGAACACAAGCUCUGCCAGGGAGCUCUCAUCUCCCUGUACAUCCUCAACUUCCUCGUCUUUGCUCCAUCCAUGGUCAUUUCCAGCACAAUCCUCUUCAUUCACUUCAAGGGUAGCUCCCAGCAGCAGCAAUCCAAGAGCCUUGACAUCAUUGACUUCCUGGCUGUGCUCCUCACUCUCCCCCUCAGUCUCUGGAAUUUCCUGCAGCAGCUCGGCUACACCACUGUGUCCCCCCAGGUUGUUCUCCUGGUUGCCUGCAUGCACAGCAGCAUCAACCCCCUCAUCUACAUCUCAGUAACAAAGUGCUGGAGGCGCUGCUCCAUGGGGUCCCUCAGGGAGUGCCUCCAGAAGGUGUUUGAGGAGCCAGAAGGGAGCAGUGCCCCCAGUAAUGAUGCCACCACGGACAGGGGGUCUGAGCCUGCUGAACCCCUCAAGUGCCCCCAUGCAGGACCAUGGGGCAGUGACUCAGGAUCACCCUCCCACCCUUAUUCCUGCAGGGAAAGGGAGCAGAGGCAGUGA